UGAACGUCGUGGAGGCCCUGCAGGAGUUCUGGCAGAUGAAGCAGUCGCGCGGAGCCGAUCUGAAGAACGGCGCCCUCGUGGUGUACGAGAUGGUCCCUUCCAACAGCCCCCCGUAUGUCUGCUACGUCACCUUGCCCGGAGGGAGCUGCUUUGGCAGUUUCCAGUUCUGUCCAACCAAGGCUGAAGCCCGAAGGAGCGCGGCGAAGAUCGCGCUGAUGAACUCGGUCUUUAACGAGCACCCGUCCCGCAGGAUCACGGACGAGUUCAUCGAGAAGAGCGUUUCGGAGGCGCUGGCGUCUUUCAAC